AUGUCUUCGCGCUUCUUGGCAGGGUCUUCCCCCGGGUAUGGAACCGGGCGGCGCAAGUCGCAGUUUACGUAUCGUCAGCUUGGCUUGCUGGCAUCCUACUCGACCUCGUGUCCUCUGAGAGUCAUCGUACACAUCGACCUAGAUGCAUUUUAUGCGCAGUGUGAAAUGGUUCGUCUUGGAACCCCUGAAGACCAACCAUUGGCUGUCCAGCAAUGGCAGGGCUUGAUAGCUAUCAACUAUCCUGCACGCGAAUACGGAAUCGGGCGACAUUGCACCAUCAAAGAUGCCAAAAAGCUUUGCCCUAAGCUCAUUUCUCAACACGUUGCCACCUGGAAAGAGGGCGACGAGAAAUGGGCCUAUCAUGAUGAUGCAGCAGCUCACAUGGGGACACACAAAGUCUCCCUGGAUCCCUACAGGCUCCAGUCGAGACGAAUUCUAGCAGUCAUCAAAGAAAGCCUGCCCCAUGACAAGCAGAAAGUCGAGAAAGCUAGCAUCGAUGAAGUUUUUAUCGACCUUUCUGCACAAAUCCACUCGAUUCUUCUCGAGAGAUUCCCAGAGCUCACGAAUCCCGCGCCGUACGACGAUCCAACUGAGAAGCUGCCACUGCCCUCCAUCAGCGCCCUUGACUGGCAGGCCGAUGCCUUGGUUGAUCUCAACGAUGCAGAUGCCGAAACGGAUGACCCAGAUUGGGAUGAUGUGGCCAUACUCAUUGGUUCAGAAAUUGUUCGUGAUAUCAGAGCCGAAGUCCACAGGAAGCUCGGUUAUACCUGCUCUGCGGGAGUAGCAAGCAACAAGAUGUUGAGUAAAUUGGGCUCUGGCCAUAAGAAGCCCAACCAACAGACAGUGAUCCGUAAUCGAGCCGUGCAAUGCUUCUUGUCUGACAUGAAGUUUACCAAAAUUCGCAACCUGGGUGGCAAGCUUGGAGAACAGCUAGUGUCGACCUUCAAUACAGAGAACAUCAAGGACUUGAUGCAUGUGUCGGUCGAACAACUGAAGUCCAAACUGGACGAUGAUACAGGCGUCUGGCUCUACAACACCAUCCGCGGUGUAGACACCAGUGAGGUCAACUGUCGAACACAAAUCAAAUCCAUGCUCUCGGCGAAGUCAUUCCGUCCAAGCAUUAACACGCUUGACCAAGCUCUGAAGUGGUUGAGAAUCUUCGUUGCUGACAUUUUCUCACGCCUGGUGGAGGAAGGAGUCCACGAAAACAAACGGCGACCAAAGACUAUCAAUUUGCAUUACCGGCACGGUGGACAAACACGCUCACGCGGAAGUGGGAUCCCACAAGGGAAAAUUCUUGAUGAGACCACAUUAUUCGCUCUUGCUAAGAAUCUCAUGAAUCAGAUCAUUCUGGAAGGCCAAUUAUGGCCUUGUGCCAAUCUAUCUCUGAGCGUGGGAGGAUUCGAAGACGGUUUAUCAGGCAACAUGGGCAUAAGCGCCUUCCUCCUGAAAGGCGACGCCGCGAAGGAACUCAAGGCCAGGUCCAGAGACCCGAAUGUGGAUCCUCCUACCCUUAAGAAACGCCGUGUCGAGAAUAGUAGCAUACAAUAUUUCCUUGGCAAACGGGGCACCCCUUCUGGUAGUGUUGACCAAGUGGACGAGGAGGAUACAGAAGCGAGUGGCGCUCCCCGGACACCACUGUCCCACCACGUUGUGGACGUGGACCAGACUUCAGAUAGGCCGGUGGACGUUUCAAUGAGCGCAUUCGGCAGCCACGAGAUGCCAAUCACCCAAUACACAUGUUCGCGCUGUGAUGCAAGGCUCGAGACUUGCAAUGCUCUACAAAGCCACCUCGACUGGCAUUUUGCCAAAGACCUCCACGAGGAAGAACGUGGCAAGCCGGCAUUUGCCAGUCAAGCAUCGGGUCCACACAAUCAAAAGAAGAAGGCUGCUGCAUCCUCCUCAAAGAAGACAUCGCGGAGUAGUAACAAGCUCGAGCAGGGGCAGAGCAAGCUGAAGUUUGGAUGA